UUGGAAUUAAAUGUGAGUUUAGGUAAGCUGCACUAUCCACUGAACGUAUGCGGACCGCUGUUCGAAGAGGAGCUGGAAUUCUGGGGCCUUGACUCGAAUCAAGUCGAACCUUGUUGCUGGAUGACCUACACGCAACAUAGGAACACCCAAGAGACGCUGGCUGUGAUCGAACAGUUGGACAAUCAGGUGCUUUCCGAGGAGGAACUGGCCGGCUUGUUCGGCUGGGAAGACGAUUACCUUGCCGGGAACUUAAGCUGGUGGCAGCACUUGAAACCGAAGGUGUGGGCUUUGUUCGAGCAGCCGUGGUCCUCCUCGGCAGCAAGGGGUAUUUCUUCGGUGGCCAUAUUUUUCGUCUGCUUAUCAACGCUAGUAUUUUGCCUAAAGGCACAGCCUUCAUUCCUAAUCCCGCAUCUAGUGAACAAAACUAAUUCUUUGGUGAUGUGGAACGGCACCGACGUUCAUCCCAACAAUCGGAUAAUCGGCAUCGACCAGCUGAGGGUAUCGUCGGACGAUGUGCUGCUGUUCAUCGACCUGUUCUGCAACGUUUGGUUCGCCUUUGAGAUCAUCGUUCGGUUUACGUUUUGUCCCAGCAAGCUGAAGUUCUUCAGGGAGCCGCUGAACGCGAUCGACCUCGUGGCCACUAUAUCGUUUUACGUGGAGUUAGCCGUACGGUACAUCAGCACUCACGGCGAGAGCUACGACGUGGUGCAGUUCCUCGGCAUCGUGCGCAUAAUGCGCCUGUUUCGUCUGGCCAGACACUCGACCGGUCUCAAGAUUCUGAUAGAGACGUUCAAGGCCAGUGCCCACGAAUUGAUACUGCUGGUGUUCGUCGUCGUGCUCGGCAUCGUGCUGUUCGGAGCACUGAUAUUCUACGCCGAACGAAUCGAGUUCAACCCGGACAAUGAGUUCAGCAGCAUACCACUUGGCCUGUGGUGGGCCAUCGUCACUAUGUGCACCAUCGGGUACGGCGACAUCGUGCCGAAGACCAGCGUCGGCAUGAUCAUCGGCUGCAUGUGCGCGCUGACCGGGGUGCUGACCUUGGCACUGCCGAUGCCGGUCAUCGUUAGCAACUUCGAAAUGUUUUAUUCGCACGCAAAGGCGAGAGCCAAGCUCCCCAAGAAGCGUAGACGGGUGCUACCCCCGCAGGAAACAAGAAUGCUCCUCAAACACAAAAGUCCGAAGGCAGACGAAUUCGGUGACAACGCGACAAUUAAUAAAAAGCUUCACAGAAACAACGCAAUUUCCGGAGUCACGUUAGAAAGAAAAAGCAGACCACAUAUAUGAAC